GCUUUCUGGGUCUGCAGUGUGGAUGGGCGCCUGGGUGGUGUCCCAGGGCUAUGAGAUAGGGACACCUCACUGGACGCCUGGCCCAGCUUGUCGAGAGAGAAGAGGGGGGUGCACUCGUCCAGUGCUGAGACCACAGACUGAAGGAGAGCCACAGAGUCUUCGCCACAGCUAGAAGUUGCUAGAACAGAGAGUUUGGUUGACAAGCUCAGCGUGAGGUACAGGCUGAGCAAGACUGAAGGGCAAGGUGCAAUAUUACUUUCAGUACUGAGGAAAACAAGGUAAUAACACGAGUCCUGGACCAAAUGUGGAAAGUUCAGAACCAGGUGGGUGGGGAUUAGGAUAAAACUGGCCACGUCCUGGGGAAGGGAGAGAGGGAAACGGAACCUUGUAUUGAUAUGCUAAUGUACAGUGCCUUUUACAACCCUCACCCUGCUUCCUGGCAAUAUUGCUUUGCUUACAAAGAAACCAAGGCAAGCCGCAGGCUCAAGGUCACACUAGCCAAGCCAGACAGGUUUUCUGAAUUCAGAAGAGACUAGGAUUUGCCAGUCAAUAGAACGUGGAUUUUUUACUCAUUAUAAAGAUCAUUAAAGAAAUAAAGUUCAGGAAACUGGACAGUCAAUGCUUAUAAGGUCUUGAAUGGAGGACGGGGAACAGGUAGAAUGGGGGAAGAGUUCCCCAAAGAAAGUGGGUCUGUGCGGAAAGGCCCAGAGGCUGCUGGCCCAAAGGAGGCCCCGCCGGCCCUUCUUUGAAUCCUUCAUCCGGACCCUCAUCAUCGUGUGUGCCGCCCUGGCCGUGGUCCUCUCCUCCGUGUCCAUCUGUGACGGCCACUGGCUCCUGGCUGAGGACCGGCUCUUCGGGCUAUGGCAUUUCUGCACCACCUCCAACCAGACGAGGCCACACUGCCUCAGAGACCUGAGUCAGGCCCACGUGCCCGGGCUGGCCGUGGGCAUGGUCCUGGCCCGCAGUGUGAGCGCCUUGGCCGUGGUGGCCGCCAUUUUCGGCCUGGAGCUCCUUAUGGUAUCCCAGGUGUGUGAGGACCUCUACUCGCGGCGGAAAUGGGCCUUGGGCUCCUUCCUUCUCCUCAUCUCCUUCAUCCUCUCCUUCGGAGGGCUCCUGAGUUUCGUGAUCCUCCUCAGGAACCAGGUCACGCUGAUUGGCUUCACCCUGAUGUUCUGGUGUGAGUUCACCGCCUCCUUCCUCUUCUUCCUGAAUGCCAUCAGUGGCCUUCACAUCAACAGCAUCACCCAUCCCUGGGGCCAACCAAGGAAAUUUUAGGCCCCCCCUCUGAGGACAUCAGGUUCUACAAGAAAAUGUGGUCAAGAUGGGACUUUUCCAACAUGUGACCUCUGGUGGGGGUAGGGGUGGGACAAUGACCUUGAAACUGCUGCGUCUUAGCCAAUAACCUUUGGAUGGUUGGUCAGAAAUGGCCCAGGGGCCUUUGCAGCUGGUCUGCAGGGCCAGAGGCCAGGAGGGUGCCUCAGUGCCACCAGCUGUACAGGCUUAGCCAAGUUAUUAGGAUGUUGAUUUUAGAAGAAGAAGAAACACAUUUUAAACCCUUCUUGAAUCCUUCUUCCCAGGACGGAAAUAGAUUUGGAAACAGCUCCGGUACCUGGUGCCCGGGCUGGCUGCACAGCCAAGUGCACUUCACACCUGUUUUAUUGACUCUGUGCUGGGAUAUGGGCUGUAGGGUCCCUGUGGCCUUCUGGGGUUGCUAAGAGUGGGUCAUUCUUCCAGCUAAGGGUGUCCAGUUGGUGCCUAGGACUUCCUCCCACCAGCUCAAAGGGCCUUUGUGCACGUUGCCCUGCUUUGGGUAUGGUCAUGCCGGGGAGGCAGAGUUUAGGAUUCCCUCAGAAUUUCUUGCACAUAGUAGGUUUUCAAACCAUUUGACUUGAUUUGACUCCUGCCUUUUGGAGGACCCCAUAAUCCCUGGAUGACCCCAGCUCCCAGCGGCUGCUGUCCCCUCUGGGGAAUCUGCCUGCGGGAAUCCUGCCUUAACUCUUUGAGAAGUGUUCCUGAGCAAGCCCUUCCAGGAGGAUUUCUAAUACACUGACCUCCCUGAGGUGAGCCUGUGUGUCCAUCUUUGGUAAGGGUUGGAUGGCCUUAGGGUACCAUUUUUGAUCCUAGGACACGUUUCAAAGAGCACCUAUCUGGACCUGCUGGACUCCAGGGGGUAAAGAGGCCCAACCAGACCUUGGGUAAUGAUUAACAACCAUCCUGGGGAUGAGUGCAGGUGAAGGGGACCAGGAACCAGUGGAGAUUUCCAUCCUUGCUGGCAGAUCUGCAUUUUUGUGCAUCAAAUUGCCCCCUUUCCAGUCCCUUUUCUGCCCCAGUAGGUGGGGGUUUUGCCCUCAGGCUGUUUCAUCCUACACUAACCCCUUCCCCCUCCCCCACCUGAUGAAUUCUGGUCUUCCCGGGUUCAUUCUGGCUGCUACUGAUUGCAUGGGGUUUUGGUCUCUGCCCUGCCCUUGUCACUGCAGGCCCCUUUUCUGGAGUGGGCUGGGCACCUAUACCUACCUCUUGUGAUUUUUUAAAAACUUUUAUUCCAAGAUGCACGGAGUCCGUGGAGAUCACUCAAAAAAGGUGUCAUGGACCAAUCAGUUUUUCGGAGAGCAGAGCUCAUCAAACAUACAGGCUGGGUUCUUAGCCCUGGAAAAUGGGCACCUGGCCUUUUCCCUCCAGGAGCAGUCCACAAGGUGCAAAGUGGUGACCUCCUUGUCUCUGCAGGGGGUUGGUGCAGAGGUGGGGAGCCAGGGCCUAGAGAGGGACAGCACUUGUCCAGGGUCACCCAGAGCUGGACCAGAGCUGGGCCCACCCACCAGCAGGAUACCCUUUCCUCUACGUAGGGGAGGAGUUGUCUCUGCUUCUGUCCAGAAUGCUCUCCCCUGAGCACUAGUAGGCUUUGUUAUGUAAAAGGGUUCAGAUAUUUAGUCUUCUUUAAUCCUCACCUAGCUGAUGGGGAGAGAGGGCUGAUAUUCAAGGGAACUGAGAUCCAGAGAGUAAAGGGUGAAACUAAAAUUCCCAAUGGGGCUGGGAGACAGGACCCCCCUCCUUCCUUCCCUGUCCGGGACCGGGGAAAACAGACACAGCCUUGGAGCGAGGGUAUUUGAAACCAAAGGCCCUGGACUGAACUUCUGCCACUUCCUUGCUGAGUAGCUUGAGCAAGUCACAGGACCUUGGUGAAGCUGCUUCUCUUCUGUCAAAUGGGAUCAUGCCCCAUUUCCUGCUGUACCUGCCCCUGGGGCUGUGGAUAACUAACUGUGAAACAGCUGUAAGAAGAGAGGGGUGCCUCAUACCUGUUAGGGUUGCUAACAAGGAGCUGGAGGUCCUCCACUGUGACUUGAUCAGAUUAAUUCAGCUGUUGUCUUGAAGGCUCUAGGAUGCGAGGUACUGGACAGGUCACUCAGAUGGACCACUUCCAGCCCCGAUGUCCUGUAGGUAUGGAGGACCCCUCUCCCCUGGGUCCUGCGAUCUACUACAUCUGUCCCAGAGAAGGGGCCUGUGGUUGUCUCACAAACUCCAGAACUGCAACAUCCAGAUCAUCACCUGGGACAGCUGGACACAUCCCUGUGAAGCCACCCUAGCUCAGAACUUGUGGGGGCCUGGGAGUUGCUCUUUGGAACUUUCCUUCAUGAUCCCCAGCUGUAGCAGCAAAACCUUUGAGCCUAGGCUUGAUGCUUGAUUUUGGAAAACAUCACAGGUUAUUCCCAUUCAAGUGUGGUGAACCAGAUAGAUGGCCAACAGUCACAGUCACACGCUUGACUUGUGUGCAGUACCGUAUUCAACUAGUGUUGAUGGCGCAGAUUCCGUGUGCCAGGAAUCUCGCUCCUGACCCAGACGCUCUGGGCAAGGGCAGAGACCUCAAGGUAAGUGUGCAGCCCCCCAGGAAGUCAACACUCAUUUGGAGGUCUCUGAGGAUUGAUUGGCAGGUCAUCUGAGUCUCCCAUUUUACAGAGAAGGGCAGUGACCGAGAUCACGCAUCAAGCAAGCAGCAGAGCAGUGCUGCUGCUUUUCUCCCAUUGUGCCUGCACUUUCUCCCAUUUCCUGAAUUAGCCCAAGGAUAAGAAUCACCUGGAGUGCUCGUUGAAAAACGUUCUCAGGCUCCAACCCAGACCUACAGAAUCCAUUUUUGGUGAAUUAGAAACUGGGGGUAGGGCCCACCAAAUAUUUUAACAAGGCCUCUGGUUGAUUCUGUUGGUCCCAUAAAAUGAGCUCAGACUCUUAGAAGACAAGCCCAGGCUUCCCCACUCACACUACACCCCAUCCCUAUCACCUGCCAGGUAGCUCCUCCUGAACUGGAAUCCAGAGGCUAGGGAGAUCCUCUAGAAAUCCGGGCAGCCCAAGAACACUCACCUCCCCGUUGAGGAAGCAGUAGAGGAUGGCUACCACCAGGCCCUGUGGAGGGAGCAGAGGCAGCAGGGGGUUGGUGCGGGUACUCCAGCACCCAGCCUCAUUCCUCCAACCUCCCCCACUCCAAGUCCUUUAAUCACUAACCCCAUGCUCACUUCCCCUCAGGAAGUCUUCCCAAGCCUUCCCACACCUCCCUCACCCCAGAGGGGACUGGGGCUGCCUCUCCUGGGCCCCUCAAGUGUCCUUGGCUGUGUUGGCAUCAUCCAGCACAGACUGAGCUCCUUGGGGGCAAUGAUGGGGUCCCGUUCGUCUGUUGUCCCCAGUGUCCAACAUGGGCCUCCCUGGCACGUGUGUGGUGUCAGUAACAUUAAAAUAGGCGCUGCUAACUCGGGCCCAGGGACCAGGCACUCACCUGAAUUAGUAAGGUGGGCCCACCCGGGAGAAGCGGGGGGUGGUGGCACCUGAAGUACGCCCACCUCACCCCACCGGGAGGGGUUGGGACCAGCCCAUGUGAGAUCCGGGUCCCUGUUUGGGCUCAUUUUUCAAGAUAAGCUGGAAAUCUGGAGAUGUUUAAACAUAGACAACUAUUCAAAUUGACAAAUGUGUGAAUGUGUGGUCAGAACAAAGCCUGUGUGCAGGUCCCGGCCGGCCAGCAGUGGAGGGUGACCUCCCUGCUUAAUGGACAUGUGAAUGCAUCUCCUUGGUCACGGGCCUCAGGGCUGCAUACACUUGACGUUCCCUGGUGUGGUGGGGAUCUGUGCCUAUCAGAACCCUCCCUCCCUCGUAUCUGGAGCUCCCAAUGGUGCCUCCCCGCUAGGAUCCUGGCAUGGAGCUCUGCCAGGGUAGGGACUCCAGUCUGGGAUGUGGGAUUUGAGCCUGAGAGGCCUGCAUGGAUGGAACUGUGAGCUGUGAGCAGGGUCUCUGCAGUGCGCAUGCCCUGCUCACCUCCUCAGGGACCCACCUCGGGCCAGCCUGCCCUUCCUCUCUGACCUCAGGCUUUCCUGGCUGGUGAGCAUCCUCCCCUCAGAGGCCUGGGUGCCACAGCUCUGACCCUAGGUGGCCCAACCCCUUCUUCCUAGUCCCAUCCAGGCCUGCUGCCCUUAGCUACUUACUACAAUGGAAAGGACCCCAAAGAGAGAUGAGCCGGCCUGUCUAUGGUGCUUCAUAUGUAUGACUGCUCAGGGGCAUUGGCAUUUUAACAGGAGUUACUGACAAAGCUAGGAUUUGCUUUAGAAUUUCAGGCAUCAAUGACUGCUGCCUAGAAUGGGGACUAUUUGGGGAGGAGGGUGGGAUACUUGCUCAAGGCAGUGGUUCCCAGGAAUCUGUGCCCCAAAUCUGAACGUCUGGGGCGAGAGCAUCAGCAGCUUUGAAAGAUGCCCAGAUGGUUUGAACAGGCAUGACUUAUUAGGAACCACUGUCAGAGGGCAUGAAAGGCAGGCUUGGAAAUAAAACAGAGCUGGAUUUGGAACACAGCUUGGCCUGUGUAACUGGGAUUCUGGGUCCCAGGUACUUCAUUUAAUCCUUGCCAAAGCCCUAGGAGGUAAGUGGGAGGAUCCCCACUUUACAGGUGAGGGAACUGAGUCACAGGGGUUUGGGUGGGCCUGGAGCUGUGUGUGCUUGGCCCAGAGUUGGUGGUCAGGCUGCCCGCCAAGGCUGCUGCCCAUCUCCUUGGGCCCAGGGUUGCCUGGGCCUCCUCUGUCUGGGCCUCAAGGAUCCAAGGACACAUUUUCACUGUUCAGGUGAGGACAGGAGCCCUGGGGAGGAAAGUCAGAUGUGCCCCAGGUAUAUAUGGGGCAGGCCUCACACAGCCAGCAAGUUUAAGAAGUUCCAGUUUUUAUACAAUCAUUAAAAAGGAAGUCUUUGAAGAAUUUUAAUGACACUGAGAAAUGUUCACGUUGGGCACGAUAGAGAAUUAAACCAAGCAGGCUAUAAAACCACACACAUCACAACCUCAAUUACGUGUAUGUGGGGGGACAACUGUGGGUGUGUCUUCCUGGAUGGAAAAGAUACUUAGAAGUAAACACCAACAUUUUAACAGAGGUUAUUUCUAGGUGAUGAGAUAAUGGAUGAAUUUUUCUUUUUAAACUCUCCCUUAUUUUCCAAAUUUUCUUCAAUAAGCAAGUAUUAUUUCUACAAUCAGAAAGAGCUAAUAAACUUUAGUUUUUAACAAUA